AAUCAUAUUAUUUGCAUAAAAUUUAUUGUUAAUGGCUAGUAGAGGACGUGAAGAUGUAAAAAUAGUGUUGAUCGACACACAAUAUAUCGUAACGGAUCCUUCGAGUUUUAAAUCUGUUGUUCAGAAUCUGACCGGUAAAGAUUGUUGUGUUUCUUGGAUUGAUCAAGAAACUACAUUUUCCGGUGGGAAGAGGAAAAGAGAAGUUACUGAGUGUAGCAAUGUCGGACUUGGAUAUUCCGGUAGUAAAUGCGGUUCCGUUGGCGGCGGUGGCGGCGGGGAGCGGCUGCAGGGGAAUGAUUGGAAGUUAUUGUCUAAAGGAUUGUCGUUUAAAGAUUUGGAUAGAAUGAUUUUAGAGAUGCCUCCGUUGGAAGAGUGGUACCAGUUGUUGGCUCCAACUAAUUUUUUUUAGCUCUUGUUUUCUUCCUUUUGUAGAUUGUUUAAGCCAUUUUUCUAUUUAUAAAUUGAUUUUUUAAUUUUCUAAUGUUGUAAUUAGAAGAUUUUAUAGUGAUAUAAUCU